UUAUGUUUAAACCUAAUUUUUCAGGUCAAUCCAAAUCUCUUCCCUAAGAUGACUUUGAAAAAUAUAUCAAAACAACCUUAUAAGAAAAUUAUUACAUGACUUGUUUAGAUACAUGUUUUAAUGAUUAUUCUACACCAAUUUGUAUCAAAAUAUAUAUUUAUUUUUAAUUAGCAGGAUAAGAGAAAGUUUGUUUGGCAAAAUGUCUUGAUAGAGCAUAUGAUUCCUUGAGACUUGUACAAAAAAUCAUUGAUCCUUUUGAUAAUCUAAAAUAAAAGAAGUUUUACUAUAAAUUAGAUGGAUAGAAUGUAUUAGGUUUGAAGAAAGAUUAAAUGUUAUGAUU